AUGCACAGAAUGCCAUUGCUCAGGAAAGCAUCAUAUAGUGGUUCAUCUCCAAUCACAGUGGACCUUUCGCGAUCAUCAUUUGAACAGGAAGGGCUGGGAAUCUAUACAACACAUGAGAGGGCACCUCGGGGAGAAUUGAUCAGCCAUCCUAUGUCUCGAGAAGAUCCAUCCGCUCUUCAUCGCCAAUCCACCAGUGCAAUGUCCCAAGUCUCCACUGCCAGCAGUCCAGGCAAAAGUAAGCCGGGCUCUCAAUAUGUCCAUCCAAUGCGCCUCGCCCCACGUGCCUAUACGCCGCCAUUAAACCAGUCUUGUCAAGCCUCGGUGCUUGGAAGCGAUGAUUCUCACAAGGAUUUCUCUACAGGGAGCAACUCUCCGAUGCAAUUGGGAUCAGAGAUUUUCUAUCCUUCUUCCACAAGAUCACCUGGAGUCUCUCAGACCAAUAUAACCGGCCGUUCAUCUUUUGGAUACUCGCGAGAUAACGCAAGCACCUUAGACACAACGUCACCAGUAUCUAGAUCAUCCUUGGAUUUCGUUUUUCGAUCCAAGACACGGACAAGUAUGGAUCCUGUGGCUCGAGCAGCUACGGUACAAGCAGCACGUCAGGCAUUCGAAGAGAAGGAAGCUGCCAAAACAUGGAGGUUCGAAGCGCAACAGAUGAAGGCGGAAGAAAAACAAUCGAAGCAGAGAGAAAAGCAGCAUUUGCGAACACGUACUACAGACGAUGAUACAACUUGGGCAGACCGCGGAAACGAAAUCCCCGAGAAGCCACAGCUCUCAACACCAAUGUCAGAAUCGAGUCCGGACACCUGGAAAUCACAACCUAAAAACACAUGGGUACUCUUUCUAACGUGGUUACGUACCAGAAUCUUCAAGUUGCGGAGGAGGAUUGGGAAACUAGUCUGA